UUAUAUAGUGUGACAGAAACCGACCGGAGCUGGCGUUUUGUUUCACCAUUGUAAAAUAGCUUUGUCAAUCAAACCGGUUUUAAUAAAAUGUGAACGUCUUCGAACUUCCGUUUCGUAAUUCAUGAAUGUGUGUUGUGUUCAUUAUUCUAGCGAAUUUCCUUUGGAUUUGAGUUUUUUUUAAAUUUUUAGCACGAGAAUUGAUAUUUUUGUUUUCUGUGAGUGUGAAAAGUGGGCUAGGACGUGGAAAUCUCACUAACGAAAUGUAUCGAUAGUGCCCUUGUCCAAUUUUUAUGACAUGACAUGGGAAUGUCAAAUUUACUGACUAGCGUCCGAGAAUUUUUAAGUUUAGGGCGUGAUGUCUUUGAUUUUCGUGAGCGAUGGAUACAAAGGACUGUAAAUUUAUGAUUUCGUGGUGUUCACAACGUAAUACAAAACGAGGAACGCAAGCUUACUUCGGAGUUUGUGUUCCACAAUAGUUAACUCAAGUCUUUCGGUAUGUGGCACACUCAGGCCGUGUUAUGAAUGAGGAGGCUCUCUUGGCGCGGGCUUCCGAGGAGCGGGAGCGUAUCUUCCAAAGGUAUGAGAGAGGAAGAGAGAAUCUCGCAGGACAAAUAGACCCUUGGGAGGACCCCGAAUUUGAAGAGUACCACAAAACUGACAGGUAUGGCUUCAUUCACGAUGAGCGGUUGCCGCAGAAGACGGCGCCGCAAAAGGUCAACAUUGAAGUGGAAAGAGAGAAAAAAUGGGUUAAAAUGCUAGCGUUUUGGGACUCUCCCACUACCAAAGAAAAGCUGCAUAGGCGCAUAUACAAAGGCAUUCCAAAUUCGUUAAGAAUUAAAAUUUGGUGCAAACUGUUAGACGUUAAUAGAAUAAAGUCAGAAAAUCCAGGGAAGUACCAGGAGAUGUUAAAGUUAGCUAAACUAUGGUCCACGGAUGUAAGACAAAUAGACUCUGAUGUUAAUAGACAGUUCCGUGAACACCAGUUUUACCGCGAGAGAUAUUCAGAAAAGCAAUGUUCUUUGUUUAAUGUGCUGUGUGCUUAUAGCAUUUACAACUCUGAGGUGGGAUACUGUCAGGGCAUGUCUGGCUUGGCUGGAGUUUUGUUGAUGUACAUGGACGAGGAAGACGCAUUCUGGGCACUUGUUAUACUCCUAUCUGACAAAAAGUACCUCAUGCAUGGACUGUACAUUGAAGGUUUUCCAAAGCUAACAAGAUUUUUGGAACACCAUGAUAAGAUACUCACAAAGUUUAUGCCUAAACUAAAACAUCAUUUUGACAAAUUUGGCCUGGAUGCUAUACUUUACUCAUUGAAAUGGUUUUUUGUUGUGUUCGUUGAACGAGUACCAUUCAGCCUAUGUUUGAGGGUGUGGGAUAUUUAUCUGCUGGACGGAGAGAGGGUGAUCACUGCUAUGGCGUAUACAAUACUCAAACUUCAUAAGAAAGCAAUCAUGAAAUUAAAUGACAUGGAUCUUAUUGUUAAUUAUAUUCAGGUUAAACUUCACAAAGACUUUGGUUAUGAGGAUGACGUGGUAAUUUAUCAUUUGGAAAAGGCUAUGGAUGAAUUAAAACGAGCCAAAUUAGACUAUCCUGGGCCGCCACCACCGAAUGAGCUGCCAAAGCGGCCACUGGGGCACUUUGUAGAGCCAAACAAAAAGUCCAAGAUCGGUCAGCGGGCGGAGAAUUUUUCAGAAACUGAAAAACAGGCCAGAGCAACUGUGAUAUUAAGGCAUGAAAAAGCUGCGUUAGAACUGCAAGAGCUACGGGUGUCUCAGAGCGACACAGUCUCAGAGCACAGCGGUGUGGCGGCAGGGGCGCGCUGCGACGAUUCUGCGUCAGCGCUGGGGUCGCGGCGCUCCCUGGCCGACACGAGCGUGACGAGCACCGCGGACCUUAGCGUGUUCUCCAGCGGGCGGUCGCACGCUCCUGACAACUCGCUCGAUACACACAGCAACGUCAGCGACGACGGCACUGGGUCAGAUGGGUCAGGAAUAUGCGGGCUUAGUAUACAGAGGGCGCCGUCGACCACGCACUCCACCCCCCGCGCCACCCCGCACCCGCCGUCCGUCUCCCCGCUCUCCGAUGACGUGGUACGUAUCCACGUGACCUACAACCCGCUCGCGGCAAGCCCCUCCCACCUACACCCCGUCAGCCCCUCCAAAUACAAAGCCUACGAGGAACACCACAAACCGAUGACCCUGGGCUUCUACCCAAGCAACGGGGCCAAUAACCUCCCAUCCGACAACAGAAUCAGAAUCCAAGUGCCAUCUGAGGAACUCCUGACUCCGGUAGUCGACUCCGGUCGCAUCAUCACUCAAAGAUACAUAGAAUCUCAGGAUCUGUACGAUCUUAAAUAAACUGAAUUUCAAUUAGAUUAAUCGAUAACUGCCAUAAUUGAGCACGGAGUAAGCAUACUGCGUCAGCGCUAAUUAACUUUGUUCAUCUGAUCUAGCUGUUUAUAUAUGGUAAUUGUAAAAUUGUAAAAGUAUGUAAUCGGCUUUAGAAGCGCCGACAGCGCUAGGUAAAAGAUCUGCAUUAAAUAAAUGUAUAGAUAAUUUAGAGUAGACUUAUCUAAAAGGAAAUUAUUAUACUCGAGGAAUAAACAAUCUGAUAAUGUUAACUUUGGAUCUAUAAAUUUUACUAUUUAUGAGACGACCUAUCUUAACUGAAUAUUAGGAAAUGAAUCUAAUGCCAGUAUGAAAUGCAAGAAACUGCUGACAUAUAAAAAAUAUUUUAUAACAGGCGUUUAUUAUUAUGUAUCUUUAAAAGAUGAAUCGCUUGCGACCGUGUUCUGUAUUGUAAGUAUGUAAUAAUGUUGAUCAUUAUAAAUUAACCGUUUGUUUCACGAUUACAUAAAUAUACGUUAGUUCAAGUACUUCUUUGACUGUUAAAUAGUUCAAUUGGAAAAAAACAAAGUCGUCCCUGGAAUUACGGCGAUAUUGUUAUGUGAUUUAUUUUAUUAUGCAUUUAGUUGUAUAUAUUUGGAAUUAAAAUGUAUAACGCAAUAUUUUAACUAACGUAUAAAAUAUAUUUAACAUCAUUUGUAUGCAUGCUAAAUAUUUUAUUUAUUUAUUCAUGUCUGUAAGUUAUUAUUUUUAUUUUAUUUAGGUGUAUCUAGGUUUCUGUAUGUUUGGGUAGUAUGUAGAAAGAAAUAGUGUAUUUUUAUAUGUUGUGUAGAAAAUUUCAAGUCUAAAGCUGAUGACUGAGACCAAGACAAGUUAACGUUAUGCCGCUGGAGCAUGUUCAAGGCUUAGAAAAUUGAGAUAAAUGUGUUUUUGAUUAGAAAAGGUCAUUCAUUUGCUUCAGCAGAGACUCUGCUGGACAUGGUCUUCCAUACAAGCGAAUAAAAGUAACAGAAAUUCUCGACCUUUUUUAAAUUUGCAUUUGUAUUCUCACACGUAUACGUUUUGCAACCAUGAUAUUUGGAAUCGUGUUCAUUUGUUCCAUGCAUUUAAUACUCAUUUUAUAAGCAAUAGUAUGGCAGCUGCUUCAUCCCACUUUCAGGAGAGGCACACGCUCAGAACAUGCAUAUUUGGAGUCUUACAGAUUAUCAAUAACCCUCCUUCUGGAGCAGUCGGGUAAAAAUAGGUACAAUUGUAUUUAAACCUUUGUCAUCAGCUUAAGCCAACUUCGACGUUUCAUAAAUCUUCCAAAAGUUGAAAACCACUGAUUCUCAAAACUUUUCCCUAGAUUGAAUGUGAUCAAUGAAUCUCGACUCAAAUUAUAAUAUUUAUGUGUUACCGUUUAAAUGUGUAAUCCGCGCAAUAACUAGGCAAUCUGCAAAUUAAUAUGUACAGAAAGUAGAAGAGUUUUGCUCUUUUCUUAUGAAUAGUUAGUUUUCUUAGUAACGGAAUGAGAGUAACAGACAGGUUUUUGAGAUUGUUCACUGUUUGUGUUACGGUAGAAUAUCCUACAAUCGCGUGCUUGAACAAAUAAAUAAGUUUUGUAUAUUAUUCCGAUCAAUGACAACGUUUUAUUAAACAAAAAAUACACUAUCUAAUACUUUAUUGUAGUUAUAAAUUAUCCACUUAGCACUCUGCAGAUAAACUAGUUAGUGCAAAAACUGACACGAUUAACAAGUCAAUAUUAACUAAUAAACACAAAUUAGCGGUAACACAUACAUUAAUAUACAAGAUGAUAAAUGUGUAAUAAGUAAUUUUACAAAGUUAGUUACGAUGCUAGAUAGUUAGAUAUUAUUUAUUGUGAAAUACGCUGUACAUCAUUUUGCUAGUGUGGACUAAUUACGUAAGAAGCGUAGCAGUUGGUAUGAAUUUAAUUAUAUCACUAUACAGGGUGUUAGGUAAAUGGGUAUAUGAGCCGACACUAGCCCAUGUUAACAUGGGCAUAUAAAUGGU